AUGUUUGCAUAUUUGAGCAAGAAGAUUGCUAUCCCAAACAAUCCUAAAAUUUCAACACUGGCAUGGAGCCUUAAUCAUGGCUACCUCGCAUGUGGUGGUGAGAAUGGCUUGCUAAAGGUUCUCAAAUUCGAAUCGAGUAAGUUUGACGCAAACAAGGGAUCAGCUUUGCAAAAUGGUAUAUCAAUGAAUCAGACACUAGAGGGGCAUUCUGGUACGAUUCAGUUGAUAACCUGGAACGAGCAAUUUGAGAAACUGACAACAGCUGACGAGCAUGGAGUCAUUAUCGUAUGGAUGCUUUAUAAAGGCUCGUGGUAUGAGGAAAUGAUAAACAAUCGGAACAAAUCCCGCGUUCGUGGCUUAAAGUGGGAUAAGGAAGGUCGGCGUAUUUGCAUCGCCUACGAAGAUGGCGUUGUCAUAGUGGGAUCCGUCGAUGGAAACCGCAUAUGGUGCAAGGAGUUGAAGUGCGCAGAACUGGUUUGCGCUGAUUGGGCACCUCACGGUCGUUCUCUCUUGUUUGGUCUUUCGUCUGGCGAAAUUCACGUCUACGAUUCUCUCGGCAUCUUUUUGAGGAAAUUGCCCAUUUAUUGCCUAUACGACAUUCAUGGAGCCGUAUCACUCGUUGAUUUUACGUGGUAUCGGUUUGACAAAGGACUGUGUGACCCAGAAAGUCCUUCUCUGGCUGUCUGCUUUGACGUAGGACGGUGUCAAAUAAUGCGGAAUGAUCAGGAUUUAACUCCUAUUCUUCUUGACACCGGACUUAGUAUAACGUGCUGUGAAUGGAACGAGAGCGGUUCAAUUCUAGCAAUUUGUGGACAGCAGAGAUUCGCUUGUGAUUCUGAACCGGAAAAUCUGGAAAAUAUUGGUGUAGUUCAGUUUUACAACCCCUUUGGUGAUCAUUUGCAUUCCCUCACAAUACCGGGCAAAGGACCAUCUGCUUGCACCUGGGAGGGUAGUGGCUCCCUUCGCCUUGCAAUGGCCAUCGACUCCUACAUCUACUUUGCAAAUGUGCGACUUAAAUACGAGUGGACGUUAUGUGCCAAUGCCCAUACCUUGGUUUAUACUUUCACUAGGAGUGACUCUAUGGACCGGUGUGUGAUGUUUUGGGAUGUUAAGCGAGGCAUAACACAUAUUCGGUCGGUAGACAAUCUUCUGGGAAUUUGUGGCGAUGGCGAUUUCUGCGCUGUCACACACAAGAUUGAAUCAAUCAGCACACCUUAUCAAAUAACGGUGUACAACAGCCUGGGGUGCAUUGCUGAUUGCAUGACCACCGAGCUAGAACCCAAGUUUUCAGUAAUGACGGGGAAUUAUGUGGUGAUUGCGAAUGCAUCAAUCGUCUUCUUGUGGCAGUUUAAAAAUCCAAAAACUCUCUUUGAAAUCGGUGUUGCUGUCAAGACUCGGAAUAAGAUGAGGAAGGCCAUUCAGCGAAUGUGUCACAUCGAUCAAAAAGACGGUUCCCUUGCCUCUCAACCCCCUCUCAAUCUGGACGGGUCAUCGUCCACAGCCACAGACACAAAUAUGGCAAAGCUACUGGCCAUCGAACCCUCAGAAAAUCCCAUCGUAGCCCUUUCUACCAGUGAGACACGUAGUCUUUUCAUUGCUCGCAGCAACGGUAAUGUGAUUCGGUACCGCCUGCCUGAGCUCUGGCCCGAAGUUUGUAUUCACGCAACUGACAAACUGCCUGUCCGUAUUGAAGUGAACUGUGACGCAACGGUUUUCGGUCUAAUCGACGAACAUGGAGUACUCUCACUACAUCCCAUUCCCGAGAGUGAAGAUGGUGACACCCCUAUAAUGGAGCGACUUUCCUCAAAAUUUGCUGAAUUCUCUCGUAAAGAAGUUUGGGACUUAAAAUUCUCAACCGACAAUCCGAGCACAUUUGCCAUCAUGGAGAAGGCUAAGUUGGUCAUGUUUCGCGAUACUGAGGCAGAACCUCCCAUCCAUUCAAGCGUCUAUAUUGCCCGUUUCGCUGAUCUUGAAGUUGUUGGUGUUCAAUUGGACGAUAUUAUACAGCAAUGUGAGCAUCCAAAAUUGGAUCUGGUUACUCGUAUUCCAUGCAAAACUCUUGCUGAAUGCAGAGGUUUGCUUGAGCACAAGCAGUUGGACAAAGCGAAGGCCUAUGUGGAAGAACAUCCACAUCCAAAAUUAUGGCAAUCCUAUGCAGAAGCCGCAUUGCAAGAAAUGCAGUUGAAUGAAGCCGAAGUGGGCUUUGUAAUGUGCCAAUACUACCAGGGCAUCGACUUUGUCAAAAAGCUUCGUAACAUUCAAUCAGAAGUGGUGCGGAGGGCCGAAGUUCGAGCGCAUUUUGGUGAUUUUGAUGGAGCAGAACGCUUGUACCUCAGCACUGACAGAUGCGAUUUGGCCAUUGAUUUGCGUCGACGUCUAGGGGAUUGGUUCAGAGUAGCUCAACUGGCCAAAGAGUUUGGUGCGGUGGUGCGGGACAGCGAGCUUACUGAUGUCUGGAAUGCCCUGGGAGAUCACUACUAUGACAAGGCACAAUGGCCCCAAGCUUCUGAAUUCUACAGGCAGGGAGGCGAUUUCAAAAAACUAGUCCACUGUCUCUUUCGAAUGGGGGAUUAUAGCACCAUGGAAAGCCUAAUCCAUGAGCUUCCUGAUGGUCAUUCAUUACUACCGGAAAUCGCACGAAUAUUCACUUGGGUCUCCUUGGCCGCACCUGCGGCUAAAGCCUUGAUAAAGUGUGACCAAUUGAAAGAAGCUGUGGAGGUUUGCAUUCAACUGAACGACUGGAGCCUAGCCUUCCAGCUGACACAAGUUUCUUCUUCCUCUUCGUCUUCCGAUGGUGAUUCGAGUGAAGAUGAUGUCCUUACGAAGACAUCACUCAGACGUCGAUUGAUUGGCCAACUCCGCGCCUCGGUGAAUCGAAUGCUGGAGCAAUCACGUCCAUUUGAGGCUAUAGAGAUGCUUAAAGGAGCUGGAUAUUUUCUUGACUCCGCAAAACUCCUCUUUCGAAAUCCGAAUCAGCAGGAGUCAAUCUUCACAGGGGAGGAAGGCGACACUUCACGAUCUGAUUUAGGCGUAUUCGGCGAUCAAGCUACUUUUACUGAAAGGUCACGAAGACGCGAGACUGAAGAUACCGAAGCAGUAGCACAUGGGAAACAGAAUGAUCUCCUUCAGCUCUCCAACAGCUAUGAAAUCACCAGACUUAUUGACCAACCAUGGCGUGGAGCAGAAGCCUGCCAUUAUUUGAUGUUGUCACAACACCACCUCUAUUUCGGUCUAUUUGAGCAGGCUUUGAGGACUGCCAUUCUGCUGAGGGACUACGACGACAUCUUUGAUGCAAGGAAGAUACACAGCAUCAUUGCUCUGUGUGCAGUAAAGUCGGGGGCUUUUGCGACAGCCUCAAAAGCAUUCAUGAAAUUGCAAAAUCUUCCCGGAUGGUCAACAUUGGAGCGUCAAAAACUUGACGACUUAAUAUUUGAAAUUUUUACCAGGUAUCCCCCAAAGAACUUGAUAAAAUCGGCCUCGUCGAUUGAACUGGAUGUGGUGUUAGAAAGUGAAACGAAAGUCCCAAUUUGUGUGGUGACGGGUCAACCAGUGACAGAAUAUCAGUUUUGGAUGUGUCCUGCCUGUAAACACAGUGCAUACGAAUCGGAGAUUAGUCGAGUGCAGAACUGCCCAAUUUGUCACAUCCCUGUCCAAUGA